AUGCCUGCAUUCAUCAAGUACAUGAAGGAACUUCUUCCCAAGAAAAGCUCACUCAAAGGAGGCCAAACUAUAGUGUUAAACAAGGAAUGUAGUGCCCUUAUUCAACCUGAAUUGCCUGCAAAAAGAAGAGACCCAGGGAGUUUUCACAUCACUUGUGCCAUAGGGGAAACAAUGUUUGAUAAAGCACUCUGUGAUUUAGGGGCAAGCAUCAACUUACUGCCCCUAUCCCUGGCGAAGAGACUGCAGAUCAAUGAGAUAAUACCCACAGAUGUGGUCAUCAGACUGGCUGACAAGACUCAAAAGCAAGCAAUAGGAGUGGUGGAAAAUGUGCUACUAAAGGUUGGGAAAUACUUUCUCCCAACAGACUUUGUCAUCCUGGACAUGGAAGAGAGUCACAUUCACCCAAUCAUAUUGGGAAGACCCUUCCUAGCUACGGCUAGAGCACUCACAGAUGUGGAAAAAGGGGAGCUAAUAUUGAGGAUCCAUGAUGAACGGCUCAGCUUUAAUGUCUUCAAACUCUCACAAGAAGUAGACCAAGAACACAAGGAACCAAAUAAAGACCAUGAUGAGAUGCUAAAGGAGGAAGCAAGCACAGAAGCACACUCAACCUAUCUGGAGACCCCUUUGGUUAAUAAACAAGGGAAACAGCCACUGCCACAGCUCAAGGAAAAGUUGGAGGAACCUAAACCUCUAGAGGGAUGUGAAGACAACAUCAUAACUCCUUUAGAAAAAGAGUUACCUAAAGUCUUCACGAUCAACAGAGUUCUCUCCCUAGAACAUGUAGAGAUCAUUGAUACAACCAAUGGAUACAAGUCCACAGCAAGAGGGGAGGACUUCAAGCAUUACCAACCACCCUGA